AAAAAACAAAUAAAAAAAGAUGAUCAAGUAUUGGAUUUCUGGUGGAAGAAGUGUUUUGCAUGUAUCAAAGGCUGAUUAUCAAAAUGGUGCUAUUAACAUGUUAAGGGCUAGUAGCUUCUCGUCUGCCAGCCAUAAUCCUAAGAACAUUCAUAGCAACAAAGUCGAUGCACCAUUUGCAACAGCCGAGACUAAGGUCGCCCCGAGGACAACAUCAGUUGAGGAUCCCGUUGAGGAUCCGUUUGACAACUACAAUAAAAAUAACAAAGACGGUAGCAGCAGGAGUACAACCGAAGACGCGGCUGAUUACAUGGCGGAUAAAGCAAAGAAAGGAAGCAAGGGCGUUGUUGAAACCGCCUUGGACGUGGGGGAGAAACUCGCAGAAGGAGUGGAGCAAACAUUCGGUACAGUCAAAGAGACUACUAACAAGGUUAAAGAGAGUGUGUUAGGUGAAUACGACGAAGAUGGUGGUUAUAAUUAUAACAGAGCUGAUAAUGUUGAUGACAAUGAUGAUCAUGGAAAAGUUGAUAAACAUGUUGACGAUUUGAGGAGGAAAGCGGGCGGUUAUGAUUUGAGACGACCUCACUAAUUUUUAGCUUUGGGUGUAUGUAGGCAGUGUAGCAUGGUGAUUGCUGUAUUACCAACAAGUCAACUUUAAUUGGAACUUGUUUGUCCAUUUAUUUUGGCAUGUUUGACAUAAUUGAAUAGUUACACAAGUUAAUGUUUGA